AUGAUGGCUUCGAGAAUUCUACUUCCGAAGAUGACCUUCGUUAAGGGAAGCUAUCAGGGUACUGCUUAUAGGCUUACUGGGGUGAUUAGAUUAUCAUCAUUGCAAGUUAGAUCACAUUCACACAGCCAUGGACCAGUGUCAAGAUCGAAUCCUGAUUCUCAUUCUCAUGCGCAUUCGCAUUCUCAUGGAUCUUCUGCUGAUCCGUGUAUGGAAGAUGAUCAUGUUCAUUUGAAAUCGUCCGAAUCAGAAACCAAUGACCAGCUUAUCUUUGGUGUUAAGGGGAAACAUUUUGAGUAUAUCAAUGGUUCGGGUAAUGACUCUCCAUCGACAUCAGUCAGAAUUGAAGAUGCCCCAAAAAAGAAAUCCGUUAUCAGCAAUGAUAAUUUGAAUAGCAUGUCAGCCCCCUCUCAUUCUCAUUCUCAUCUUGGUGGUCAAGGUCAUUCGCAUACUCAUUCUACAGAAUUAUUAAAAGAUAUAAAUUUCAGAAGCUUCAUAAAUAAUAAAGGGGCGAGAAUUACCGUCAUUGGUCUUUUGACCAACGUCGGGAUGGCCGUGGCAAAGGGGGUUGGUGGGGUUAUGUUUCAUUCUCAAGCACUUCUAGCAGAUGCGGCUCACUCGAUUUCCGAUUUGGUUUCUGAUUUUCUCACUCUUUUCACCAUCUCAUUCUCAUCCAGACAUCCGGAUAGCUUAUUUCCUAAUGGCUAUGGGAAGAUUGAAUCGCUCGGUUCGUUAUCGGUUAGCUCACUUUUGUUAGUGGCAGGGGUUUCAAUUGGUUACUCUUCAUUGGUCCAGAUUUUGGGCCCAAUGGUCCCAGCAUCCAUUAUUGAAGUGAUCCAUCACUAUCAGGAAUUAUUCCAUAUUCACAGCUCCUCGGGUCAUUCUCACGCUCAUGCUCAUGCCACAGAUAUCAAUGCUGCUUGGAUCGCUGCAGGUUCCAUAGCGGUGAAAGAAUGGUUGUAUCAAGCUACAAAGAAAGUUGCCAUUGAGAGAAACUCCAAUGUGUUACUUGCGAACGCCUGGCACCACAGAGUCGACUCAUUGACCUCGAUUGCUGCCCUUAUCACCAUCACCGGGGGCAUCUACUUCAAUGUAAGUUGGUUAGACCCUCUUGGUGGGUUGCUUGUGUCUCUCUUAAUCAUCAAGGCCGGUUUUGAUGGGUUUAAAGUUGCAGUAUUUGAGUUGAUUGAUCGCGCAUUGCCAGCAAACGAUGCCACUUACGUGGAAAUCGAGCAAGAAAUUAAUACUGUCUUGAGCAAAUUAUUGAGUAACAAUAAUAGUGGAAGACGUUACACAAUUGAGGAACUAUCAAUUUUAUCAAGUGGUCCAAAUUAUGUGAUCAACAAUUUGAAGUUGUUGGUCCCAAAACAGAGGUGGGAAAACGUCUUGACAAUUAACGAAUUUGAAAAUGUGACCAGAAUAUUGAAAGAAAAAUUGUUUGAUAAUAGACCUAAUCUAAAGAAAAUUUCUAUUGAGUUUAUUGAAGAAGAACACAUUCCAGAAGUUAAACAAUAA